AUGCCGCGGCUGCAGGAUCUGCGGCUCAGCCAAAACCAGAUCGGGGUCAAGGGCGCCCAGGCACUGGCCCGCGGCCUGGAGGGCACCACUGCCCUGCAGCUGCUGUGGCUUUGGGGGAACCAGAUUGGCGAUCCCGGCUGCCAGGCUGUGGCCAGGGCCAUCCAGCAGCACCAGGGGCUCCGGGAGCUCGCCCUUCACGGCAAUCGCUUGGGUGACGCCGGGGCGCAGGCUCUGGGCACUGCUGCGGAGCAGCUGCCGCAGCUGACACAGGUUUAUUUGUUCCACAAUUCCAUCACAGAUGUCGGCGCCAAGGCAUUGGCCAAGGGCCUGGAGGACAAGGACUUGGAGCUGUUGCGGAUCGAGGGAAAUUGCAUUGGCAAGUCCGGCUGCAAGGCUCUCAAGCAGCUGCGGGUUCGAGAUCUAAACUGCGAAGGCCAGCAACCACGAUGA